GAGCCGGUCCCGGUGUGUGCACGGGAGCGCCUCGCCAGCGGUCCGCAGAGCUGGAGACCCACGCCGUGGAGAGGACCAGCCUCAGGUCGCCCCGCCUGGGCCCGCGCCCCGACGUCGCUGCCCCCGCCUCGCCUCUCUGCCCGUGGCGCUUACCGCCGCCUUGGCCUCGGGGGCAGGGCAUGGGCGGCCCCCGCUAGAUCGCCCAGCGCCUGUACAAACUGCCCUUGCUCUGGCCUUCGAACCCGAAGCCUCUUCUGCGCGCACAACCUAGGUAGUAAUCCUAAACCAGCGGGCACCACAGAGCAGCUGCAGCCACCCCAACCCAAGGGUCACUUCCGGACCCCUCGACCGCCCGGCACCAGCGCGCAAGGGACCCUUCAAUCGGCGACCAGAGUCCAGUCCCGGUCGCGAGGCCACCGCCGCUGCCCGCCUCGAGCUGCACCACGCGGGCUGAGCCGUCGGCUGGCGGGUCACUCCCGAGCCUCUGUCUGCACCGCGCCAGCCCCAGACGACGGACGCCAAGCCUCCAGCGCGCGCCAGCCUGGGCCGCUGGGCUCUCGGGGCCAGCCCGCGACGAUCCCCUGAGCUCUUCGCAGAGGGGCCGAGCGUCCGUUCCGGGGACGCCAGGCCCGCCCCCGCCCCCCGACAGCCGCGGGGAUCCAGAGCCCGGGGGUGCGGGACGGCCACGCCAUGACUGCCGAGAGCGGGCCGCCGCCGCCGCAGCCGGAGGUGCUGGCUGCGGUGAAGGAAGAGCGCGGCGAGACGGCAGCAGGGGCCGGGGUCCCAGGGGAGGCCGCGGGCCGCGGGGCGGGCGGGCGGCGCCGCAAGCGCCCCCUGCAGCGCGGGAAGCCGCCCUACAGCUACAUCGCUCUCAUCGCCAUGGCCAUCGCGCACGCGCCCGAGCGCCGUCUCACCCUGGGCGGCAUCUACAAGUUCAUCACCGAGCGCUUCCCCUUCUACCGCGACAACCCCAAAAAGUGGCAGAACAGCAUCCGCCACAACCUCACACUCAACGACUGCUUCCUCAAGAUCCCGCGCGAGGCCGGCCGCCCGGGUAAGGGCAACUACUGGGCGCUCGACCCCAACGCGGAGGACAUGUUCGAGAGCGGCAGCUUCCUGCGCCGCCGCAAGCGCUUCAAGCGCUCGGACCUCUCCACCUACCCGGCUUACAUGCACGACGCUGCAGCCGCCGCAGCCGCCGCAGCCGCCGCCGCCGCCGCCAUCUUCCCCGGCGCGGUGCCCGCCGCGCGCCCCCCCUACCCGGGCGCCGUCUAUGCAGGCUACGCGCCGCCGUCGCUGGCCGCGCCGCCUCCAGUCUACUACCCCGCGGCGUCGCCCGGCCCUUGCCGCGUCUUCGGCCUGGUUCCUGAGCGGCCGCUCAGCCCAGAGCUGGGGCCCGCACCGUCGGGGCCCGGCGGCUCUUGCGCCUUUGCCUCCGCCGGCGCCCCCGCUACCACCACCGGCUACCAGCCCGCAGGCUGCACCGGGGCCCGGCCGGCCAACCCCUCGGCCUAUGCGGCUGCCUACGCGGGCCCCGACGGCGCGUACCCGCAGGGCGCCGGCAGUGCGAUUUUUGCCGCUGCUGGCCGUCUGGCGGGACCCGCUUCGCCCCCGGCGGGCGGCAGCAGUGGUGGCGUGGAGACCACGGUGGACUUCUACGGGCGCACGUCGCCCGGCCAGUUCGGAGCGCUGGGGCCCUGCUACAACCCUGGCGGGCAGCUCGGAGGGGCCAGUGCAGGCGCCUACCAUGCUCGCCAUGCUGCCGCCUAUCCCGGUGGGAUAGAUCGGUUCGUGUCCGCCAUGUGAGCCGAGCGUAGGGACGAAAACUCAGACACAUCGGCUGUUCACACGUUCCCCGCAACCUGAGAACAGGAAUGGAGAGAGGACUCAAUUGGGACCCAUGUGGAAAAGACCGAGCAGGCCACAGAGGCUCGGUCUCCUCGCGCACAGCGUAGGCAUCCGGUGUACUCUGUAAAUGGGAGGAGGUGGGGCGAGGCAGCCAGAGCCCUUGGACUGGCACAGGGACUCUCGAUGGAGCGAAGCCCCCAAAGGGGAUGCUUUCUGGCAUUCUUUUGGGGAGGGUCCUUGGCGGUGACCAGAGGGCAGCGUAGUGUCAACACCAGAGACCAGGAUCCAAAUUGUGGGGAAUCAGUUUCAGCCUUCCAUGUGCUGCCGGAAACUCGGGCCUUUUUACGCGGUUCGGCCUCUAGUGCCUUUAACUGCGUUACUACAAUAAAAGGCUCCGGCAGCGCCUUUCUCCUUAAAGUGAGGAGAACAAAUUUGCAAAAGAAAUAGCCUUUUCUUCUUCUUUAAAUUGGAGAAAUCUCUGCUCUGGUUGACCUGGGCUGGUUUUCCCUGUCUCUGAGAACUUGAGACCUAGCUCCGAGUUGAACUGUGCUUCAGCACUCCAGUCCUAUCACCUGAACCUUCAGUUUCCCCGAUCUGUUACAUGAGAGGGCUGCAGGACUCUAUCCACCGCCCCCGGGUUAUCAUUCAGGGCCCCAUCAUCUUGGAUGCUGCCCUGCGUAUUUGGCAGCAAUGGUGGGCCACCCAGGGCCUCUGAGUAGCCACCCAAAGCCUAGCCGCUGUUCUAGGGAACGGAAAAGAGUUCAUGGCCAAGCGUCUAACCUAAAGUCCCAGGAUUGGCUCCAGGCAGCAAUUAUAUCAUAACUUACUGAACUUUUGAGCAGGAUGUGCUGGUAAUUUCAUGGCUGUUACUGCCCAGUCAUAAAUCUGGUUUUCCAUUAUAAGGCAGUUAGAAAUACAUUCGUUCAUUUGUCCACUGUUUCUUGUCAUCACGCAGCCCUGGACCCAAUGGGUGAACUAAAGUUUAAGGAGAUGAGAGGACUCAGGGAGCCCGUUGGUGACACCUUUCAGUAGCUGGGGAGGGCUCUUCCAUCCCCAGCACCCCCUGCUACACCUCAGCAGUCUUCCCCAUGCAAAAAGGAAAGAGAAAAAUUAAGUUGGGGCAGUCAGUAAAGUGAGCUUUAGAAAGAAACUGGAAUUUUAAUUUCAUUUUGUAUCUUGCUUAAGUAGCAGGCUCACUAAAAUUAGAGAAAGUCCAAUAACUCUCCCCCUUUCCCUUGAGAAAUCUUUGAGUUUCGAUUCUGGAGCAAAAACUUUCAGCAUUAAAUAUUUCAGAGGCUCCAUUCACAGCUUUCAGGUAAACUGGAGUGUUCAGAUGGACUGUUUUAAUAAAAAUCUUUGAGCAAGUGAGUUAUGGCAAGAGAAACUCAGCCUCUUUCUGUAUAAACUUAAUAGGGAAGGGCUGGGGUGUGAAAAAGAAGAUUGUAUGAAAACAACUGGUAAUUUUUAUUUUUUAUUUUUGGGACUGCACUAUCCUGUUCAUGAAGACAUGUGAACUUGGUUCAGUCCAAAUGGGGAUUUGUAUAAAUCAGUGCUCUCCAUUAGAAAUAUGGUGCAAACCACAUAUGUAAUUUUAAAUUUUCUAGUAGCCACAUUAAUAAAGUAAAAAGAAACAGG